AUGGACACACAUUUUGAGAAUGACCUCUUCUUCACCACUCUCUUACAAAGUGGGGGAGGAGAUUGUAAUAGCAUCCCAACGCAACAUUCUAAUGUUGUGAUCCAAGCAACCACGACUGACGGUGAAAAGAGACAUCAUUCAAAAAAAGUUCAAAGAGGUGCAUCUUUCACUGUAGAGGAGGAUAAUCUCCUCGUCUCAGCAUGGCUCAACAUUAGCAUUGGUGCGAUAAUGGGUACUGAUCAAAAGUCAACUCAAAUGUGGGAAAGAAUUACCACAUUUUAUCAUGAAUAUAAAAAACCAAACAUUCCUGACCGUUCUGAGGGCUCAUUGAUGAAUCGAUGGUCCACGAUUCAAAAAUUGACAAAUAAGUUUUGUGCAUAUAUAGCACAGAUAGAGUCAUUGCACCCGAGUGGUGCAACCGAGCAAGACAAUAUUGAGAAGGCCAAGAUGUUGUACAAAGAGAUGAGAAAGCCACAAGAAAAAUAUGUUGGUGAAGUUGAUGUUGAUUUAGCCGGGGAGGACUUGGAGGUUCUUACUGAGAGACCUCCAGGCAAAAAAGCUGAGAAAGAAAGGGAAAGGAAGCGGAAGUCGAUGGAAGGCAAAGAGGUAGAGAUCAAAACAGCGUUAGCCAAAAUGACCGAGGAUAGAGCGACGACCAUGGAAGAGCGGAGAAAUGCUAUGUUGAAAGCAGACGAAAAAAGUGAGAAAAUCGUGAAGAGGAAGAGAAAUCCUGGAAUCGAAGAAAGAGAUAUUCGGAAGGUUAAGAAGGAAGUGGAAUUGGUUGUGAGAAUGAUUACUUCUGCGCUAAUUGGAAGAAGAGGAAGCAAUAGACAGUUGCAACAGUGGGCAAAGAGAAUCCAUGAAAGAAAGGAGGCUGGCGAAGGGAGGGAGGCUUCGGGGGUGGCUUCAAGGGAGGGAGGAAUGGAAAGUGGAAAUGCGGGUGAUGGAAACUGA